ACUUUCAGUUAUAGGCAGAGUAAGUUCCAGAGAUCUAAUGUACAGUGUGGUGACUAUAGUUAACAAUAUUGUAUACUUGAAAGUUGCUAUGUGAAUAGAUUGUUAGUAUUCUCACCAUAACAACAACAUAUGUUAAGCAAAAUUACUGUGGUGAACAUUUCACAUGUAAAUAUAUAUCAAAUCACCAUAUUGUACACCUUAAACUUAUACAAUGUUAUAUGUCAAUUUUAUCUCAAUAAAGCUAGGGGGCAAGGUCAAAUGCCUUCAGAGGCUGGGCAGACAAGAGGUAACAAAGGUGGGAUAAGCAGCCACCCUCUAUACAGGCAUUCAAAUUAUCAUUAUUUUUCAAAUUGCCAUGCCAUUCAAACAAAACCUGUCUAAAAGUUAAAUUCUGCCUCCAGGGGCCAGCAGUUUAGGAUGGGUAUAAACUGUAAAAUAUUAUACACAUGUUAAUGCUUUAAUUCAAUCCCAAAGCAAACAAAGAGAAAGACUUUUUCAUAACAUUUCUGAAAUGGAGAUAUAGCAUUUCAGAAAGCCUUUGGGUUCCAACAGUUGCUAUAAUUAGGGUGAUUAUAUAAUGGAUCAUCCAAACUGGACACUUUUCAGAAGGAAAGGAGGUGCUAUUAAUUACAGAGGACAAAGGGGAAACUGAGGACUGUCCCAGGCAAACCAGAAUGUAUGAUCACUCUGAUUAUAAUCAUAAAAUUACCCAUAAUCCCUGUUUGACCUAAGAUUAAGAUCAGAUAAAAAUUGAUGGUAUGCUUCUUGGCAGGGACAGACGUCAGAUACUGGAGAGAGGGGAGGUAAGGAUGGAAGGUGGGACCCACAUGACAAGGGAGGGAAGGAAGAUUUUCUACUCUCAACACAAGAGGGAAGGAGAAAAGGUUAUGACGUAAAUGUGCUGAGCUACAGAAAGGUGUGUAGGCGAUGCUGGUUGAUAUUUUCCUAGUCAGAACAGAAGCCGCAAGGGAAAGCAAUUCAGGGAUCAGAGAAGCACCAAGAAGCAGGGAAAAACACAGAUAGACCAAACUAAGAAUGGACAUGGAGACAUCAGACUAUUGAAGACAUACAAGGGAAAAAAUCCAAAAGAGGAAAAAGUGCUUCAGGUGCUGUGGGGAAGUCAAAGAACAACCAGAGUAGUGAACAACAUAGAAAAACAGAGAAUGACCUUCCAGACAGGAAAUUCCUCGCUUCUCCCACUGUACUAGGAAUCCCCUAGUGAGAGGAAUGGUUCCUUCUCCUGAUAACUGGAAAUUCCCCAAGGUGAGUGAUUACAUCUUCCACAUUUUCACAAAACUCUUCAAAGUGCGGAGCCAAAAAACCUGAGGUAGAGAAUUACCCCCUCCCUUCCUUUCCAUAUGCUUUCCCCAGGCUUGGGCUCUGCAUGCAAGAAAUGCCUAGAGCUACAGUGGUGAACUAGCUAUGAUGUUUCAGGAAGUGUCCCCCAGCUCCUCCACUCCCCACCUGAACCUUUGUGAGUGGACUUUGUUACCUUGAUCCUUCUGAUGUGCUUAACUGCCUUAUCAAUAUAUCUUUAAUUAGUCCAAGGUUCAGGACAACUUACCCUAUUUUAUAAGCAGCAUGUAUCCAUUCACAAUAUCCAUUUGUUCUCAAGAGGGAGUGAGGUAGGAUUGCCCAUCUGUUUUCCUCUCUUUAUAAUACUCCCUACAUUCUAAUUUUUACCCUUUUCUGUUAUUCAUUUAUUUUCUCUCUCUUUCUUUUCUUUUCCUCCCUCCCUGCUUCUCUACUUGGCGGAAUCUUUGAACUCCACCUCCUCUGUUUCCUUCUCCCUUCCUGGAACCAGUGUCCACAGCAGACAUCUAGACUUUCUACAGACCCGAAGCAGCCCUCUGCCCUAUCAUGGCCAGCCAACAUUUUACCAACACACUGAAGGAGGAAGUGAUUUGCCCCAUCUGCAUGGAUAUUCUGCAGGACCCUGUCACCAUUGACUGCGGGCACAAUUUCUGCCUCCGAUGCAUCACCCAGAGUGGGGACACAUCAAACGACUUUCUCAACUGUCCCCUCUGCAACAAACUUGUGAGGAGGGACACGUUCAGGCCCAACUGGCUGCUGGUGAAUCUGGUGGAAAAAAUCCAAGCUAUGGAUCCCUCUGAGAUGCAGCCAGGAAGGGAAGAGCUAAAAUGUCAGAGACAUGGGGAGAAGUUCCACUACUUCUGUGAGUACGAUGGGAUGUUCCUCUGUGUGGUGUGUCGUGAAUCCAAGGACCACAAACUGCACAAGAUAAGUUUGAUAGAAGAAGCUGCCCUGAGUUAUCAGGUAGGCAUUUGGGGUCCCUUUCCAGUCUCUGCAUCAGACCCACGAGGGCAGCUUCAAUCGCAGGUUGAGGUCUUGCAGGAAAAGGAGAAGGUGAUAGUACAACUGAAGGAACAAGGUGAACAGAAGAUCAAUGUCUUCAUGGCCCAGGUGGAACUUGAAAAGCAAAGGAUCAUCACAGAAUUCAAGCAGCUGCGUCAAGUCCUAAAGGAAGAGGAGAGUUUCCUACUGUCACGGGUACUUUGGCUGGGUCAGGAGGAAGAGAAGGGAAAGAAAUUCUACAUUGCUUCUGCCGAGGCGCAGCUGAACUCUUUCAGGAAGUUGAUUGAUUCUGUCAAGGCCAUGCAGCGCUUGCCACCCAGUCAGCUGCUUCGGGACGUCAAAGUUGUCCUGUGCAGGAGUGAAGGGUUUCGCUAUCUCAGCCCAUCCCCUGUUCCUCUGGCCCUGGAGAAAAAACUCAGUGAAGCACAAUCAAGACAUGACUCCCUCACAGAGAGCCUGAAGAGAUUCAAAGACAACUUCCAGGCUGAUAUGAAGAGAGAUAAAAACAGAUUUUUCAAAGGCAUGAAGGAAAACUACAGAAAGAGCUGGUCUUCAUUUCAUUCUCUGAUGGAGAAACACACCCUUAAAACGAGCAAAACCUCGGAGCCUGAGUCACCCUCUCCAGAGGACGGAACAACUAAACCAGCGUCACCAAAUCUCCACCCCUCAACUCUAUCGGAGGACUCCUUUGCUGUGAAAGCCACCCCUCCAGCAUCGCUCCGGCCCCAGCCCCGGCCCCGAAGCAUGGCCUCAUUUCCUGAGUUUUCUCCAAACCAAGCCAGCUCUGAGAACCCGAGCAGCCCUGGCGCUGAGUGGACUGAAGGGCUCAAGGUGGCGCUGAGAACCGGGGCUGCGCCUCCUUCUCCUCCUCAUCUUCCCACAGCCCCCGUGACCCUGGAUGCGGCCUCGGCCCACCCAAACCUCGUCAUUUCCCAGGAUCUGAAGACAGUGACCCUGGACUUCAUUCCUCAGGACAGCUCGGCCGAGCCCGAGGACCCCGCGCGCUUUUUCCCGUUCUGCUGCGUUCUGGGCUCGCCCGGCGUGUCCUCCGGGUGCCAGGCCUGGGAGGCGGAGCUCCGAGGACCCGAGGGCGGGGCCUGCCUGGUAGGCGUGGCCUCGGGGCUAGUGCCGCGGAGAGGCUUCCUGGUGGUGGAGCCCUUGACCGGCUUUUGGGCGCUGCGCAUCGCGGGCUCCGAGUGCCAGGCGCUCACCGAGAGCGGCACCCGGGAGAAUCUCCCGGUUCGUCCGAGGAAAGUGGGCGUCCACGUGGAUCACGAGUGUGGGGAGGUCGUCUUCUACGACGCCACCACAAGCAACUACAUCUACACCUUCCACACCUCCUUCCCGGGGCAGAUCUUCCCCUUUUUCCGGCUCCUGUUUCCCGGCACCCAGAUCAUCCUGAGUCCCUAGAGUUCUUCCUUUACCUUUCUCUCCAACUCCUCCCCGAUACCCCCUCACUUUGGGAUGUCCUGCAGCUGGUAAGGUUGAAGCUAGGCUUCCAGGAGCACUUUAGGAAAGUUAUACUCUUCGGCCUUCCUGGUCCAGUCCUGAUGUCUCUGACCUCGCUUUAAAUUUUCCGUCUUUCUCUCAGUCCCUCUCUCCCCAGUAUGCCUAGGUCGAAAGAAAGCCUCACAUACGUGAAAAGACUCUGCACAAGGCUAUUCAUUGCAGCACUGUUUGUAAUAGGACUAAACUGAAAACAACCCAAAUGUAAACCAACAGGCGAUGGUGAAAACGAUGCAAUGAGAAAGCAGCAUCCAGCUGCAUCCUGGUUGAGACGCAGAUACAGGAGACGACAACUGACCCCGGGCUGCCCCUUUCUUCUCCUCCACUUUGUUUUCCAAAGCCUCCGUGAUCCUAGAUGUGGCCUUGGCCCAUCUGGACCUCUUCCUUUCUGGGGACCUGAAAAGUGUUAUGCUGGACAUUGUCUCUCCUGGAGACUCAGCCAGGCCCACCCUGGUGCCUUCAAUCCAUUUUGCAAAUAAGGGCUAUCUAUGUAUUAUUAUAGGAUAACUCUCCCCAGGAUAUAUCCAUGAGUGAAAAAAAAACAAGGUGAGGAACAGUGCACAUUGUAUGCCACAUUUUACCUAAGAAAAGGGGAAUAUAAAUAUACAUAUUUGUUUGCUUGUAUUUAUUUUUUUAAAUGGAAGGAUAAACCGAAACCUAACAGAAACAGUUACCUAUGGGGGAAAAGGAAACUCAGGUGGAAGGGAUAGAAAUUAGUUUUUUCUGAAUGUACCUUGUUUUGUACAUUUGGAGCCAGGUAAAUGUUAAACAUCAUUAUAAAACAAAAUUAAAUUAAAACAAGACAAAAUGAACCUAGGGCCAGCCCGGUGGCUCAGUGGUUAAGU